AUGCCGCGCAGUAUGCUGCUGUCAAACCUAGCUAAGGAGGCCUCUAGGAAGAAGGAAGAGUUCAAGGACCGUGCACUUAGCACGUUGCAGGAUGGCUAUAACACAGAGCAGAUGGCCGACGUUAUACACUUCUGCUGGGAGGGAUGGGAGGCUGCUGCUGAUGAUCCUAAGCGCCACACGAUGCUGCUCAGAGGGGAGAAUAUUCGUGCAGCUCAAUUACCCGAUCUCUUCGGCAUGGAGCUAGAGCACGAAGGGCCCAUGGCCUGUCCUAUGAUAUUCAUGAACAAUGGAAAGACAAAUCAACUGAACCGACUUGAGUACGGCAUUGCGGCACGCUAUCGCCAUGUGCAACGCUGCCCGAUGGGGCACCUGGCUUUUUACCUCUUCUUCCGAUGGAACAUCCUCCGAGAGGAACAUCCAACAUUCAGCAAGCGCGAGCAGUGGUACGGAAUACAUAUGCUUAGUGGUGUUGAUCGUUUGACAGUAGGGGAAGGUGGCUGA